AUGUCUUCUGCUGGCGCUCCUAAACCGCCCCGGCGGCCCUCGGUGAAUCACAUCCGAGGCAUCCUCCAUCUCCAUCUCCACCCCGUCCAAAUUCGAUUAACUCAGCACCUACAAAACCCACUGCCCACCACCGCCGAUCGACAUCACCUCCGGCAAUAUCAUGUAACAGCAGUGAAAAUGGCCCAUCAGGAGCCUCACUCCGGCCUCGCCGCGCGCAUCCCCGCCGGCGCAUGGGACUCGCACAUGCACAUCAUCGACCCGAUAAACUACGCCCUGGACCCCGAUGCGGCCUACCAGCCCAGCACCUUCACCCUCGCCCAGGCGCUCACCUUCGAGGCCUCGGUCGGCAUUGGCAACAUUGUCAUCGUGCAGCCGUCUAUUUAUGGCGUCGACAACGCAUGCAUGCUGGAUGCCCUGGGUGAGCUCGGCCCCCAGCGUGGACGCGGCGUCGUGCAGUUUGAUCCCGCCACGACAUCGCCAGCACUACUCAAGGAAUGGCAUGAACUGGGCGUCCGCGGCGUCCGACUCAACAUUCAGUCGAAUGGACGCGAAGUUGAUGCCCAAGAACUGUCGAUUCUACUGCACCAGUACGCCGACGCCGUGAGAGACCUCGGUUGGGUCGUCCAAGUCUACAUCUCCAUGCCUCUUAUCCCCCUUCUCGAGCCCAUCGUCCCAACCCUCAACGUGCGCUUCUGCAUCGACCAUAUCGGCCACCCAAUCCUCAAGGACCACUCCGGCUCCAACCCCUACGACAUCGCUGGCUUCUCUUCUCUCGUGCGCCUUCUGCAGGACGGCCAUACGUACCUCAAGCUCUCUGCGCCUUAUCGCAUCAGCCAGGUUCCAGGCUACGGCGACCUCGAACCGAUCUCAAAGGAACUGCUGAAGUUGUUUGGAAAGACUCGCAUCGUCUUUGCAACAGAUUGGCCGCACACGCGCUUCGAGGGACUCGACAUUCGCCCGUGGAUGGAGACAGUGCUGGAUUGGUGCGCCGACGACGACGUGCUCCUCGAGAGACUCUUCAGGGGCAACGCCGAGGAUCUGUGGGAUGUUGCGAAGGACUGA